AUGGACAGGUACAGAAGUCACGAGGUGCAUAACUAUCCAGAAGAAUCGCUCAAGAACGCUCUACAUGCUAUUCGUGUAAAUAAUUUGGGGAUAAGAGAGGCCAGUAGAAAAUAUGGUGUACCCCGUGGUACCAUACAAGAUAGGCUGCAUGGAAGGGUUAAAGAGGGACCACGGAAAAUGGGACCCAGCAAGGUUCUAACUGGUAAAGAAGAAGACGAACUGCUUACCUGGCUACUAGAGUUAGAAAAAUGUGGUUUUCCACAGAGGAAACAAGAUCUCCUUAAUGUAGUUGAGGAAAUUGUUAGUAAAGAUGAGAGAAAAAACCCUUUCAAAAAUAAUAAACCUGAAGAAACGUGGUACCAAUCUUUCCUGAAGAGGCAUAAAAAUAUAGCAUUACGGAAAGCUGAAGGACUUUCAAAAUCAAGGGCCAUUAUCACUGAAGAAUCUAUAAGAAAAUGGUUCCGGGAAUUCACCUCCAAAGUGCUGAAGCAUCUGAUAUUUUAA